CCCAGAAGCAGCCACCGCCUGAGAAGUGGAGACACUGAGCGGCACCCCGGCCCCUCCCGUUCGUUGUCUGACUUGCUGGCGCAGGUCGGAAAGAUGCUGUCCUGCCGUCUCCAGUGCGCCCUAGCCCUGCUCUCCGUCGCCUUGGCGGUGAGUAGCGUCUCCGCGGCGCCCUCGGACCCGAGACUCCGGCAGUUCCUGCAGAAGUCACUGGCUGCGGCAGCGGGCAAACAGGAACUGGCGAAGUACUUUUUGGCAGAAUUGCUCUCAGAACCCAACCAGCCGGAAAAUGAAGCCCUGGAGCCCGAGGACCUGUCCCGAGGCGCAGAGCAGGAUGAAGUGAGGCUGGAGUUGGAGCGAUCGGCUAACCCCAACCCCGCCUUGGCGCCCCGAGAACGCAAAGCCGGCUGCAAGAAUUUCUUCUGGAAAACGUUCACAUCCUGUUAGCUUUCCAAGCCAGCCGCCGCCCCGCCAAGCCUGGUCCCCCCAUCCCCAGCAAGACCUUCACGACAGGAGCCGAAGACUGUAAAUAUACAAUCCACGGUUAUGGUGAAAUUUAAACAACCACCGAAAUAAUUGCGUUGAUUUCCACUUGUUUUAAUAAAACUUUCCGUUCGAUUGUACCUGAGUUGUGAUUUCUGACUAGUUCUUUCUGACAGGCGCUCUGCAGUCCUCCCCCAUGUACGACUUUUAGUUCUUUGUCGCAAUAAAGUUUAAGUUUCAAAUGGU